AUUUUUACUGCGUGCUUUCGAGAUGUUCGCGUGCAGCUCGAGGGCGUGAAGAAGAUCACAGACAAUUCACUGGUCGCCGCCACAACCACGAGCAUCACGAUCACGAGCAGCUCCAUGCGCUACGUGUGGCCGCCCUUGACCAAGCUGCAAGCUGCUGCCAAACUGCUAGGCCAACGCGUCGUCAUGCGCGGCUCAGUGCGCUUCGAGUGGGACAGUACCAUCAACCGUGUUGUGAGAUUAAUUUUUCAAGCCGACAUGGUGUCACCAAUGCUGCAGCUGCUGGGCAGUCUGGAGGACGUAUCGCUCCUAUUUAGCGGCGGUCUUCUCACGCCUGAAGGCAACGUUGUCCCUAGAGACUACCUGUACCGAGGUCCGCUCUACUUCUGCUAG